AUGUAUCUCGUCGACCCUUCCGCUCUGACUCCAGAUGUCUGGAGGAUCAUGCACUCGGUCGCAGAGCUGCUUGGAAAAGCCUUUCUGUGGACGUCCGUCCUGCUCUCGACACACAGUGCCUUGAAAAUACCCACGCCGACGGUGCAGUCAGACGGCACGCAAGUAGAAUCUGGAUAUCUUCUGGGACUUGGAAUUGGAGAUAUUACGGGCCCCGUCGUUGAGACUAACAUGAUGGGGUACGCCGAUAGGCAGCAGACCGACACUGGAUUACACAUGCGGCAACGAAGUCGUGCGUGGAUUGUUGCUGACGCUACCCAACCCUUCAAUCGGGUCGUCUUCAUUAAUGCAGAUAUUGGGAUGGGCGACACAGGCAUCCGCCGCUCAAUUGUGUCAGCACUCUCCUCCACGUAUCCUGGACUGUACACAAACGAGAAUAUUGCACUCGUAGCGACGCAUUCGCACGCUGGCGUCGGGGGUUACCUCGAAAACCUGCUGCCUCACAUUACCUCACUGGGCUAUGUGAAGCAGACAGCGGACGCCAUCAUAGACGGGACCGUUAUGGCUGUGCGGCGGGCACACGAGAGCCUAGCUCCAGGCAUCCUCAGUGUCGGAAACACAACUGUUCUUAAUGCAAAUAUUAAUCGGUCACCAAGCGCCUACCUUGCAAAUCCGGCAGACGAGCGUGCCAAGUAUGAGUAUGAUGUGGACAAGGAGAUGACAUUGCUCCGCUUCGAUGAUCUCGAUGGAGACGCCAGGGGGUUCUUGAGCUUCUUUCCCGUUCAUGGAACUAGCCUCUAUCAGAACAACACGCUCGUGAGCGGUGACAAUAAGGGCAUGGCGGCGUAUCUUUAUGAGGCUAUGGUUGAGCCAUCCUCAAUGCCGGGCAAUACCACGUUCGUUGCUGGAUUCACGCAGUCCAAUGUUGGUGAUACGAGUCCGAAUACUCUCGGUGCAGUUUGCGAGAGCCCAGGAAACCCUUGGGAUGGUCAAGUAUGUGACUUUGAGCACUCAACAUGCGGAAACAGGACGGAAGACUGCCGAGGACGUGGUCCCGGUUUCCGGAUUUCUGACUAUGAGUCAAAUCUGAUCAUUGCACAGCGUCAAGUAGAUGGGGCGAAGGAGCUCAUGGAGCAAGAAUUAGCCUCUGUUUCCGGGCCUGUGCGCUGGGCGCAUCGAUACCUCGAUAUGAACUUCCACAGGUUUGAGCUGCCCAAUGGCACAGUUGUACAGACAUGCCCUCCCGCUCUUGGAUACUCCUUUGCUGGAGGCACCACUGACGGACCAGGAAAGUUCGAUUUCAUCCAAGGGGACAACUCAUCUUCCCCUCAGAAUCCUUUUUGGGAAUUAGUAAAGGGCGCUGUAACGCCUCCGCCACCGCCAGAGCAGAUUGCCUGCCAAGAUCCAAAACCUAUUCUUCUGGACACUGGAUAUGCCCAUGAGCCAUACCAAUGGUCUCCAGAUACGGUCGACAUACAAAUACUGCGUGUGGGCAAUUUCGUGAUGCUCAUCAUCCCUGGAGAAAUGACAACGAUGGCCGGAAGGCGCAUACGGGAAACACUCCGUGCUCAGCUCAUAUCUUCAGGGGUCGUCGGUGAGGAUGCAUACAUAGUUGUGGCAGGACCUGCGAAUACAUACGCGCAUUAUGUUACUACGCGAGAAGAGUAUGCUGUGCAACGCUAUGAGGGUGCUUCUACCAUAUAUGGUCCCAACACGCUCGACGCAUACAUCCAUGAAUACGGCAAUCUUGUUCCGUAUCUCACGAUCAACGCGACAGGUUCUCCACCGUCUGACCCAGCGCCUUUGGACCUCACAGGCAAGGCGAUCUCUUUACAGCUUCCUGUAAGCCAGGAUCAUCCACCGUUGAUGAAACAAUUUGGGGAUGUUCUUGUGGAUGUCAACCCCAAUGCUGCAUAUCAUGCCGGAGAUGCUGUGACAGCACAGUUCGUUGGGGCCAAUCCGAGGAACAACCUACGGCUUGAGGGAACAUUUCUUACGGUGGAACGCUUGCUCAAUGAACGAUGGACGCCCAUCAGAUCGGACUCGCAUCCAUCUACGACGUUCCAAUGGACACGGACGAACACCUUAUUCGGAACAAGCACGGUCACCAUCACAUGGCGCAUCGAACCUGAAACCCCAGCUGGCAUAUAUCGUCUAUCCUACUUUGGCGACGCGAAGCACCUAACCGGAUCCAUCACCCCGUUUGUUGGUGUCUCAUCUCAAUUCAUUAUCGUACAAUCGGCGUCUCUGCUCUAG